AUGGAGAAGAGCGACCGUUCCCAGUCCUCGUUCGAGGCCGACUCGCAGGACCUCCACCUCCAGUCAAAGAUGCGCGUCAUCCGUAUCGUCGACAGCGCCCGGUCCGGCACCACGCUUCUGGCUCUCCUGAUGGGCCUGACGGUCCUCGGUGUGUCAGGUAACACCCUCCGCGUGUACCAGGAGACGCAUGUCCCGCACGAAUACAUGCUGCCACUCUGGCCGGACGAGUUCAACGUCCGCCCGACCCUCUCGCUCGUCAUUGGCAGCGCCAUUGUGCUUGUCUCCAACAUUACCGCCCUUUGCUUCAGCCACGUCGGCUCCCUCCGCGCCCGAACAACAGCCCACACGUCCAUCACCUUCCUCGCCCCGCUCGUCGGCCUGGUCGGCGCUCUCAUUGCUGUCAUCUUUUACUACGUCGUCAACGCCUCGGACGUGGCCGACACCUUCCUCUCGUGGACCUGCCGCUGGACUGACGUGCCCAUGUCGCAGUCCCCGCGCUGGGACGCGCUGUGCCAGCAGAGCCACGCGGGCCUGUACCUGGCCAUCCUGUUGAUCCCCGUCGAGGUGGCUGCGCUCGGUCUGGCGGCGUUCCAGAUGAAGGUUGAGAGGUACACGGAUCGGUACCUGGGGGCGAGGAAAACGCCUGUGCUGGCUUAA